AUGAGCAGAUCGCCCCAAGUCCUAUUACUUACACCCCCAGAACAGUUUGGAAUCGUCGAGCCGGGCAUUUACCGGUCUGACAUGCUCCAGCCUAGUCAUUUUCCGUUCAUUAAACAGUUUAAUUUCAAGACGAUGGUGAUGCUCAGUCCAGAAAUGCCUAAUCGAGUGACAUCAAAUUACUUGGAAGAAAACGACACAAGACUGGUACAUUUAGGAAUGGCUACCUGGAAACCAACCCAGCCGUCUACUUGGCGUCCUGUUUCAGAGGAGUUGAUUAAGGAAGGACUCGAGCUCAUUCUGAGUGUCGAGACUCACCCAGUUCUUAUUAUGUGCACAUCAGGCAUUCAUGAGACAGGUACCUUGGUUGGCUGUCUUCGAAAACUAGAAGGAUGGAACUUUAGCUCGAUCGUUACAGAGUAUCGUGCUUAUGCAGGAACUAAAGCAAGAUACGUAAACGAGCAGUUCAUAGAACUAUUUGAUCUUGAUCUUGUUACACUCCCACUUAAUAUUCCCAGUUGGUUGAUUGACCAACAAAACAUGCUGGUUAGUAUUGGCAAUAUGUUGGAUUAG